UCGCGCGCGCAGGGGAGGCGGCCGUUGGCGUCGGCGCGAGCGGCGGCGGGAGUGGAGGGCUCGGGCUGGCCGAGCGGCAGCAGCCGCGGCUGCCGCUGUGGAGAAGGGCGCUUUGCUGCCCGACUUGGAAGUUAAUUAUUUGGUGUUUCCAAAGAUGAAGAGGAAACUUGUAAAAGUUGGGAAAUUGAGGCUUAGUCCUAAUGAAGAAACUAUGCUUCUGAAAGAAGAAUAUGAAAGAAGAAGAAAACUGAGGCUGCAGCAAGUUAGAGAGCAACAAAAGUACAUCGCCUUGCAAAUAAGACAGAAGGUAAAGCAGAGGAGAGAACAACAGCUGCAUCGCUUAGAGGAGGCACUGAGAGCUGAAUGGCAGAAGGCACAGGACCAAAAGAUGAAAGCCUUAGAAGAACUGUAUUUAUCAAGCUUAAGAGCGAUUGGUGAGGGUCACCGACAAGCCAAGGAGAACGAACCUGACUUAGAAGCUCUGGCAAAGCAAGCAGAGGAAAGGAAACAAAGAGCAGAAAAGAGACAUAAGAAAGCCCUGAAGGAGCAGAAGUACCAAAAAGAAAAAUUACUUCAUGAGCAAGCCCGACGAACAAAUGCACGUAAACAUGCUCUGGAAGUGGAAAGACAAAGAGCAGCCAAAGUUGCAAGCUUGCCACGUCCUCCACCACAUCCGCUUGAGAAUCUUGAAGUGAAAAAGACUCCUUCUGUGAAGCCCUAUACUGCUGACAACUUUUCUGUUACACGUUACCAUAUUUCUGAACCUUAUGUGGACAGAGAAGUGGAUGAACAGCAGCCAGAUGCUCGGUUAGCUGCUGAAGAAGAAGGGAAACGUUUGGAGGUACUACACAGAGAAGCAGAGAAGGAGAGAAGAGAGCAACUUGAAAAGGCACAUCUCAGAGGAAGUCAUGCGUUGAAGAAGGUCCAUUUGGCUCAGGACAGGGAAAAGCUACUGAAAGAACUGGAGCAAAUGCAGAGCGUGGAUCGGAUGCGCAGGCGACAGGCUGUAGCGCAGAUGCCGCCUCAGCUUUUUGUGCCCACAUACAAACGCAUGGAGAGAAAAGAGGAGUGGCAGAGAGAGCUGGAGUUUGCAUUUGAAGAUAUGUAUAGUGAAUACAGGAAAAUGAAAGGAGACCUGAUUUUACAGUUUGAACCACAACCUUUACCAGUGUCUUCUGAUAGAUCUCAAGAUAAUGAUCUCGAUAUCUCUUUGGAGCAAGAAUCUGCUUGUGGCACUCAACCAGAAUCUGCUUGUGAUACUGAGAAAGAAUCAGGACAGAUGAUAGAAGAGGAAGUCCCCAAUGAGUCAGAAAAUCAUGAAGAAGCAAAAGCUCACCAGCCUCAGUCAAAACUUGCCUUAAAGAAAUUGCUGAACAAAAUUAGGAGCCAAAAAGAGGAGUGGACAUCAAAAAGUGAGAAAGAUGUUCAAAGUGAAAUGGAGACUAUUGAAUCAGGCACAAUUGCUAGUGAAGAGAGGCCAUUAUGUGACUUAGAACUUAACCAUGAGCCACAGAAAGAUACAGUAUGUGAAGCCAAAGACUCUGUGAAGAUGUUGGAAAAUGCAGUUGCAGCUGAAAAUUCAGUUCUAAUCCACCCUCAAGAACAAGCAGCUAAAAUCAGAAGGGAUGUAGAGAGACAAAAGUGGAAUGAGCAAAUAGAGCAACAGAAACAGGAACAGCUGGCCCUACUUAAACAAAUUGAAGAAGAGAGAGCACGUUUGGAGGCAGAAUUUCUCAAGAUCCAAAUGCAAACUUGUUUGGAUGAGGCAAGGAAAAAACAAGAGGAAGAGCAAGGUCAGCUAGUACAAAGCCACUGUGUUCCUUCUACAGAUCUGCAGAACGAAGUGGAACAUGAGACUGGAAAUAGUGGUGUAUCAGAAGCCAGGAGCCCUAGAGAACACAGCCAUUUACAGAUGAUUCAUAAUUACCAACAACGCCUUCUACAGCAAAGCAGGCUGCACAAACAAACCGUUGAAGAGGCGAGAAAGCAUCUACGAGAGUAUCAGAAUAAAUUGAGGCGAAGGCACUUGUCUGCUUCUGCAGCACCUCUGAGCUUUGUGGAGACAAAAUCAACUGGCGUAAAACCCGUCUCAGAACCGCUUCUACAGAGGCAAGGGGUGCAGCCAACACAAUACCAGUCAUCUGAAGGAGUUCAUGCACAGGAAUGUGCACAGUUGCCACAGGUGUUUUCAGGACCGUUGCAUAUGUUGGGAAAACCAUCUUUACAGAAGCAUGAAGAGCAAAUGCACAACGCUUGUCCUGGCAGAUGUGUGCAGUCUGUAGAAGCAUCAAAGUUGAAGCAUGGAGAAUUUUGCUUGCUGUGUGGCUGUCCUUCACGGGAACAGGAGGGAAUGUUGGAAAACUCCAAUAAUCACGUCAGAGAGCCAUCUCAGUUCCAGUUCCCAUCAGGGUUAGUCAUGAAGGCUGUCACUAGAGUAACAACAGAACCAGAAGCACGUGUACAGCACGUUAGGUUUGUUUUACCUGCAGGCAUUUCCUCUGAGCCUUCAGAAACAGUGCACUUCAAAGACUUAUCUUGGAAGAUGUCUAACCAUCAAACAGAGACAGAAGCUGGAGAAGAGCCUCCUCUUGAGACACCACUCAUGCCAGCAACAAGGGGAUCUUGUGGAUCUUGUGUAGUUCAGGCAGCCUCAGUUGAUUCUUUGACAUGUCAGCAGGGAUCUACAGAGAGCACCACCAAAACAAGCCCUCAUCAUCCCCAUAAUCUUUCUGAACCUAUGACUUUAUCUCAGGAAGAACAUAAAGCCCAGGGUGUUGCGGAAUUGUUGAUGUCAAAAACAGGAGAUGCAUCUUUCUUAAAUUAUUCUAGCAUACAGAAUUUAAGGGACAGAGUAGUGGCCUCAACAGAAAGCAUCCAAGCUCAGCAAAAGUAUUUGAAAGAAUUGCAAGAGCAGAUAGAUGCACGAAGAGAAGCUCUUCUUUCUAGACAGAGAAUACAAGAACAGCUACUUUUACAGAAGCAAGAAAAAUUGAAAGAACAGAUGCAGAGACAGCAAGAGGCUUUGAAAGAAGUUCUGAACAAGCAGGUAAGACAUAUCAGCACAGAUGAGGAAAUGACAGAGGCACAAAUGCCUGACUGGAUUAAUAGAACUGAGUUUUUCCAAGUCUCAGGAAAUUGCCAGCAGGAUAAUUGUGGCUGGAGUAAAUUUCACAGAAGUCAAGUAUGUUCACAGAGCAUCGUUACAGCCGAACACACUGAACAGUCUGAGAACACUUUAUGUAGAGAGCAGAAAUGGAGGCCUUCCAGACCACCUGUGGCAAAAGUCAAAUUAGGAUUUGAUUUGGAACAACAUGAACUUAGUAUCAUACCAGAGGUAGACACACCAAAGAGUAGCAACAUUUCUUUGGCAGAGAAAAGAGAUUCUAUUGGUGGAGGAUCUUCUCCCUUCUCAACCAGUCGGGUGUUUGCACCUGCGAAACGUUACAGUCAUGCUCUUGGUGCGGAAGGCAGGCUACCUUCCAGCACCACAGACUAUGAGGGGCAGACCUCUAACGGAAGUCCAAGGCAAAAUGAACAGCCAAGCAAAUUAUUACAAGAGAUGCUGAUGAUGACUGCUGAGAAUUCAUAUGGUACAGCCCAGUCCCAGGAUUCUCAAGUGGCUCAAGAUUCCCCCGGUGUUGCUGCUGGAGUUUCAGCACGUUCUGCACCAUCGUUGCGGCUCGAUAAGACGGAAGGACUUCCUAAAGUAAACUUGGAUCCAGAGGGUUUCAUACAAGGAGGCCCCUGUGAUGUAUCUCCAACAAUUUCCACUGGAAGUUUUUUGACUAGUCAAACAUUGGAUGUAAGCCCUGUUGAUACUGGAAUGUCUUCUGAUAGCAUGGAAGAUGGAAUGCUGAGGGAAACAGCAAGCUGCCCUCUGAACUCCUGGCUGCCUUUUACCUUGCAGCAGAGGCAAGAGAAUUUGUCUGGAGUAUCUGAAACUCAAUUGCCUGAAGGAAGGAUGUACUUUCAUAAAUCAAGUCAGAUACAGCAGAUCCUGGGGAAAUGUCCUGGAGACUUGAACUCUCACUCAGAGGGCAAUACACAUUUCCAAGCUCUAGCAGCUGAACUUGAUUUUCCAGAAAAGGAGAGACCUGUUCUGAACUUCCAUCACCAGCUCUUUCAGCCUUUGGAACCGAGUCUUGACUCUGAUGCUUCAUCAUCCUGUUCCCUACAGGACAUCAGAGAAUUUAGCAAGACUUCAAAAUUUUCAACAAGAAGUCAAGACACAUCAGCAUUUCUAGAAGUGGGAAACUCCAGGUUGAAUAUACAAAGCAGCAGUCUGGCUUCUAGUCUCAAAACAAAUGGGAAGAACAAUAUUACAUCAGAAGAGUCAGUGAAAGACACCACCGUAGGAUCUGAAGAAUCUUUUCACUCACUGCAAUUCGAAUCACUGAGUGAUCACGAUCAGAAGGCUGCUCAACCAGUAGACCUUAAUGCUACAUUACAGAGCCCUCUUCAGCAACCCCCUGGAGUUAAAAACUGGAGCAAUGAAAACUGUAAUUCAGUUGCCAGAGAAUAUGAAGAACUGGCAAGAAAUAUGGAAUGUAUUAAUCUCCAGUGUGCAGUGGAAGAGCUGCGAAAUGAAAGUGUGAAUCCACCGGAAGAGCAAAAGUCAUUUUAUCAGCUAAAUACCACUCCAGUUACAGUGGAUGAAACUUUUCCCCAGCACUUAUUAAAAGAGACUCUGUCUUCUGAAGAAUCACCUGUGGAGGCACUUGAUAAGAAGUAUGUGAAGCUUCCUGAAAAAUCAGUUCAUGUCCAUGAAGUAAAUAAAGCUGUGGAGCUGGAUUCUCAGUGCAAUACAGAUAUAAAGGAGGCACAUCAAGGCUUUCUAGAAGUACAGGAAUCUUUGAGGGUUCCCAGAGAAGGCAGCUUGAAAGGCUCAGACACCCAUUCACAGGCUGUCAUACAACAGGAUGGUUCUUCCCUGGAAAGAUGUGAAAGCCAUUUGAAUUCUGGGCCCAGAAGCCUGUCCCGUGUUCCAGUCUGGGAGGCAGAGUUAGGGCAUGGUAUUAUGGAAGAGCCUGAACUCACUCUGAUCAGCUCAAGUGACAUCAGCAUUGCAGAAUCAGACAUUGAACAUUCUGACAGAGACAAAAUCAAAGAUGAUAAAAUCCAUAACCCAGAGUGUGUGGAUCAGUCUGAAUUCAAUGUUUUUACUGAGGGGAGAGAAUUUUUACCGCUGGCUCCAGAAGCAGAUUACUCAGCAUUGGUAAGAUCUAACAGUUCUCCCAAAGGCCAGAGUCCCCAUGACAGCCACUUCCCAUCACAUCAGACUGCAGUGAUGCUGCUGGAGUUUGCAGCUACACCCAGAAGUUUGCAAGACUCUUUUUUAAAAAGGAAGAAGAACUUCAUCCAGAAGUCUCUGAAAAGAGUAGAAGAGAUAAAAAAUAGAGAAAAGGAAAAGCCAGAAGCCAGACAGUUUCAAAGAGGGAAGUCUGAGAAGCUGAGCAAGCAGGAGUCAUGCCUUCUCUCUGGAAAAAAAGGUGCAGUUGCCAAUCAGCUGAAGAAAGUAGGAGAAGUGAAAGUGUCUUCACCAGAGGACAGAAGCUCUGCAGCAAUGGAGAAACAACAGCAUACUUUAAGACUUUAUCAUCAACUCAAAGAAGUGAAAAUGAGAAAGGAAGAAAAAACAAGUCAAGAAACUUAUGCUAAAAACAAAGAGAAGGCUCAAGAGUUCCAAAAGAAAAUGCUGGAAAAACUCCGAGCCAAGAAGACAAGGAAAGCACCAUGACUGGCAGAAGCCUUUGAGGAAGGAACACUCCUGUGUGGGUGCAGUCCCAGACAGUGCUGCACAGUGCAGGUGUCAAAGUUUGGAGCCCUGGGAGAGCCUCAGCUUUAAGCUGUAGGAAAAGUGAAACUAAACAGAGUUGUGGGUGCAGUACUCCCAUUUUCUGUGGAGACCAUGGCAGAAGCAGAUCAACCACUGCUUUAAGCAGGGCUUGUCUCCAAGGGAGCAGGCUGGUGUGGGGAAAAGCUGCUUUACCUGCACUGGUGUUGUCUCAAGGGGCAUCAUACUGACUCAUUCCAUACAUGUAUAAGUUUCCAAUAAAGGUGGGUUUUAAGACUA